UUUCGUUACAACAUCCGCUCUUCCGCGGUUUCCUUACUACGACUAGUAAAAUUAAAGCGUUUUAUUAUGAAUUUAAUAUAUAUACCUACUUAAAAAGCCGAUAAACUAUGAACGUUUUGCCUUAAACGCGAAAAUCAUGGCGAGGAUUGGAGACAUCAUUCAUCUUAACGUCGGGGGCAAAAGGUUUAGUACAUCCAGACAAACUCUGACAUGGGUUCCUGACUCGUUUUUCUCAAGUUUAUUAAGUGGACGAAUAUCAACACUUAAAGAUGAGACUGGAGCGAUAUUUAUUGACAGAGAUCCAUCUCUGUUUGCUCCCAUCCUCAACUUUUUGCGCACUAAAGAGCUUCACCCCAGGUCCAUAGAUGUUCACUUGUUAAUGCAUGAGGCAGAGUUCUAUGGGAUCACACCGCUGGUGCGAAAGCUGCAGUUGUGUGAUGAGUUGGAUCGCUCCUCCUGCGGGAACGUGCUGUUCAAUGGCUACCUGCCACCACCAGUAUAUCCGGUGAAGCGCAGAAACAGGCACAGUGUAGCAGGACCACAGUUCAUGGGUGGCCGUGCGGGGCCGGUGGAAAGAGCCCCUGUGAGGAGGAGUAACACAAUGCCGCCUAAUCUGGGCAACGCUGGGAUACUGGGCAAAGCUGCCAUAGAAGAAAAAGUUACAGGCCCAAUCUCUGAUCCAGGCAUGGUCAGAAUAAUAUGUGGUCAUCAUAACUGGAUUGCUGUGGGUUACGCCCAGUUUGUGGUCUGCUACAGGGUUAAAGAGUCAACUGGAUGGCAGCAGGUUUUUACCAGCCCUAGGCUGGACUGGGUGAUUGACAGAGUGGCUCUCAAUGCCAAGGUGAUGGGUGGUUCACUAGGGGACAACGAUAAGAUGGUUGCUGUGGCAUCGGGCACAGAAAUCAUACUGUGGGCAAUCUGUCCUGAUGGAAAUGGCAAUGAAAUUGGUGUGUUCAGUUUGAAUGUGCCAGUGGAGGCUUUGUUCUUCGUAGGAAAUCAGCUCAUUGCCACUAGCCACACGGGAAAAGUAGGAGUAUGGAACGCUGUCACUAAACACUGGCAGAACCAGGAUGUGGUUCCCAUCAACAGUUAUGACACAGCCGGAUCGUUCCUCAUUUUGGGAUGCAAUAAUGGAUCUAUUUACUACAUAGAUGUCCAGAAGUUUCCGUUGAGGAUGAAGGACAAUGAUUUGUUGGUGACUGAGCUGUAUCGAGAUCCCAGUGAAGAUGCUAUUACUGCUUUAAGUGUCUACUUGACGCCCAAAACAAGUGACAGUGGGAACUGGAUCGAGAUCGCAUAUGGCACUAGCUCAGGCACAGUGCGUGUCAUAGUGCAGCAUCCAGAGACGGUGGGAUCCGGUCCACAGCUCUUCCAGACCUUCUCUGUUCACCGCAGCCCUGUUACCAAGAUCAUGCUGUCUGAGAAACAUCUCAUCUCUGUGUGUGCAGACAACAAUCACGUCCGUACCUGGACGGUGACACGUUUCCGAGGCAUGAUCUCCACUCAGCCUGGCUCCACCCCCCUUACUUCCUUUAAAAUCCUCUCAUUGGAUGAUAUUGACGGUCAUGGAGGCUGUGCUGCCGGCACUGAAAUAGGUCCGUAUGGGGAGCGUGAUGAGCAGCAGGUGUUUAUCCAGCGUGUGGUUCCUGACACUGAUAAACUCUACGUAAGGCUCUCCUCCAAUGGGAAAAGGGUGUGUGAGGUGCGUUCGGUGGAUGGGACAUCCAUCACGGCGUUUGUGGUGCAUGAGUGUGAGGGAUCCAGCCGCAUUGGAUCCAGGCCCCGCCGGUACCUCUUCAGUGGACACAGCAACGGCAGCAUCCAGAUGUGGGACCUCACGACGGCGAUGGAGAUUGCAGGGAAAGUGGAUAUCAAAGCUCUCGGCGGUCCCACUGAAGAGGAGUUACUGGAACUUUUGGACCAGUGUGAUUUGGCACUGACCCGAACACCAGACAUGAGUCCUGCGGCGUCUCUCACACACUCCUCACGAAACUCCAUGUGCAGUCUUCACUCUCAGUUCAGUGAAAACGGGCGAGCUGCCAGUGGUUUCCGGGCUCCGAUUCCUCUGAACGGUAGUCUGCCCCGUCAGGCCCCGCUGAUUCCCUUCAGCAAACCUCGCGAGCUUCCACCCCACCUCGGUCUCAGCCAAUCCUCUCUUGCCAGCAACGGUAGCAACAGCCCGCACCCCGGCCGCACCCUUCUGGAGCGCGAGAAGGACCGGGACGGCCUCGGGUCCAUCCGAAGAGGCAGCUUUGUAGAGCGCUGUCAGGAGAGAGCCAAGUGCUCGGACACGGCAGGCCUGGACGGGGGGAGACGGAGUUUAGCCGUGUGCAGUGAGCUCGAGGCAAGACUCGGUCUCAGAAUGCCAUCGUCAUUCUCCGCCCUGCCAGCGGCGUGUUUGUCCACACCUUCAUCAUUAUCCUCAUCAUCAUCAGCAGCUGCAGCAUCCAUGAGAAGACCAGCUCCUACAGCACCAAGUCCUGCUCCUUCACCGCUCAGUCCAGCCAGAUCACAAACGCCCACGUCUCCAAGACGACCUGUGACCUCUCCGACCAGUGAGAGUCCGUCCAAUGAGAAUGUAACUGGGCAAGAAAGCCCCGCCUCUUCAUCUUCCACCAGCCCCAAACCUCAUAUGAAUGAAACCAGCUUCUGAGGGAAUUCAGCAUUCAAAUUUUAUAUAUAUUUAUGCACUAGGAGUCAAAAAAUUUUGACCAGUCAGAUUUUUAACGAAGUCUCUUCUGCUCAACAAGUCUGCGUUUAUUUGAUCCAAAAUACAGCAGAAUAUUGUGAAAUAUUUUUACUAUUUACUAUUUUACUAUAAAAUAACUGCUCUCUAUGUAAAUAUAUUUUAAAAUGUAAUUUAUUCCUGUGAUUUCAAAGCUGAAUUUUUAGCAUCAUUACAGUCACAAUUAUCUUUCAGAAAUCAUUCUAAUAUUCUGAUUUGCUACUUAAACAUUUAUUAUUAUUAUUAUUAUUAUUAUUAUUAUUAUUAUUAUUAUUAUGCUGAAAACAGACAAGUAGAAUUUGUUUAGGUUUCUUUAAAAAGAAACCCCAGAAAAACAGCAUUUAUCUGAAAUAUAAACUUUUUGUAACAUCCUAAAUGUCUUUAUCAUCAUUUUUGAUCAAUUUAAAGCAUCAUUGCUAAAUAAAAGUAUUAAUAUCUAUAAAUUAUUUUCCAAAAAAGACUCCAAGCUUGAAUAGUAUAGUGUUUAAUGCUGAUAAAUGCUGAUCUUUCUAUUCCCCAAAGAAUCCUGAAAAAAGUGUACUCAACUGUUUUAAAUAUUGAUAAUAAUAAUAAUAAUAAAAGUGUUUCUUGAACAGCAAAUCAGCAUAUAUAAAUGAUUUCUGAAGGAUCAUGUGACACUGAAGACUGGCACAAUGAUGCUAAAAAUUCAGCUUUGAUCAGAGGAAUAAAAUUAAUUUUAAAAUAUAUUCAAAUAGAAAAAUAUUUGUAAAAAUAUUUUACAAUGUUACUGUUUUGCUGUACUUUGGAUCAAAUAAAUGCAGAAGAGAAUUCUUUAAAAAACAUAAAAAAAUCUUACUGUUCAAAAACUUUUGACUGGUAAUAUAUAUACACACACACGCACUCACUCAUAUACAAAACAUAUAUCUUCUUUUAGAGCAGUAUUCACCAAAUCACAGGGUGCAGGGUGCCUUAAUAUUAAAUGUAGAAUUAUGAUGAAUGUAGAUUAUGAAAUAUCGCAUGUAAAUGAGUGGAAAAAAUUAAAAUUCACAUUCCAUGAGAUUCAAAACAAAAAAGGUGACGUUGAAGAACAAAGGAACAAAGUACUUUUUGUUGUGCAUAUUUACUGCAGACACUUAUAUUAAAGUGAAGGCAGAUUUGUUGCAUCAUAAUAUACAGAAGCUGACUGGCUUUUAAACCGAACUGUGUUUUUUUUUUUUUUUUUUUUUUUUAUUAUUAUUUUAUUUUAUUUGAAUAUACUUCGCAAACUUAAUAUGCAAAGACAGCUAAAAGUCACUGGAAAGUCGAAACACUGUGACUCUGGUGCGGAUUGUUUCUUUGGCUGGCUAAUGUUACUGCAUGAUCUUGAAAUGUGUGUGAACGUUGUUCAGACUAACAGGGUUAUGCAAUUAAUUUUUUUACUUUUUUUUUUUUUAUGAGCAAUGCUGAUACAGAUAUCUAUAGAGCAGGAUGGACUCAUUUAUAUAAUACAAUAUAAAGGUAGCAAAUAAGAUAUACACAACAUGGACGAAUUUAAAUGAAUACUUCUUUUACAUAAGACUCAAAAAUCACUUAAAACAGAAAAUGUGCAUUUUAACCUGACAAAACCAUUAGUAACAAAAACAUUACAGGUAGUUCUUCUAACAAAUAAAUUUUAAAGGGAUCGUA